UCACUCAACACCAUCAAGCGACAGCAGGUCGUCAGAGUCACACCCGAUGUCGGGCAGCGGGGGCAUGGAGGGGGUCAUCAGAGGAACCAGAGACCCACCAGCAGCACUCGCCGCAGCAACAGCCUCGCCCCCCUGCUGACCGUCCCCACCAUGCUGCUGCUGGUCCUCAUCGCUGGAGAAGUCCACCCCCAGAGCCUUGCGCGCCGCGCGAGCACGCGCCUCCGCCCGCUGCAGUCGCUGCUGUGCGGCCGCGUCGUCCUUGGGCGGCUGGUCGCCUCUCUUGCUGUCCUUCUCGGCCUGGCGGGCGGCGUUCUUCUGCAUGAUGUCGCCUUUGUGGCGCAGCUCGUCGCGUUUGCUCUCGAAGCGGGUCGGCUGCCGGCCCUUGCUGGUAUGGGGGUCCUCCUGAUGUGACUUGGCGCAGCCAGACACGCCUUGCGACUCAUUAAGCACGUCUGUCAUGGCGUUCUGCAGCACGGCUGAACGACAAAGUCAAAGGAAAGGCGGUGUGCCAUGCGUGUUCGUAUGUGGUUGGUGGUGGCCAGCCUACCGAUCUCCUCGAGCAGCGUGGUUUUGGCCGCGGUUUUCUUGUUGAUCUGCUCCGUGAGGCUGGUGAUCUGGUUGUCGAUGCUGUCGAUGUCGGCAUCGGCCGCCUUGUCCCUCUGGGCCUCUAGGUCGUUGAGCUUGGUGUGCAGCGUCGGCAGCAGCUUGUCGAUGACGGCAACCCGCUUGAGCUUCUCAUCCAAGGCCUGAAGUGACCAGUCGAACUUGCUGUGUUUUCCAGGCACUCAUUUCUGUACCUGUGAUGCAUCUCGUCGGGCCACCAGCCUGGCGGCCUCUGCAGAACGGACCACAGCAACGAGCGAGGCUCUGCAUCCACUUUAGAUGGAUUCCGUCCCCCACCGCUCCCUCACUUACCAGCAAGGUCAUGUGCUGUGGCAAGCUCAUGUGCUGUAUCGACAUCCUCUUGAGUGAUAUUGUUGAUGACAGGGUCGUCCUUGAGAGCCUCGAGUUCAUCCUCACAGUCGCGAUACAUGGCCAGGUUAGCCGCCGUCACGGAGAAAGGGUUCUGGAAGCCAAAUGUCGAAUCGGGGCCGUUGUUGUCGCAGGAUAGGCUGCUGAGGUACAGCACCAGCAAUGAGGGGGCCUUGCUGGCGACGGUGGUCCACCACGUGGAGGGGGCGAAGGGGUCGUACGAGCGCACCAAGACCGCACACAGGUGCUGGGGGAGACGCGACGAGGGGCCGACAUAUCGCCCAUCAGGCACGAAAUUGGAAUCUGCACAGAUAGCAGGGAGGCAGGCGGGCAGGGGGAGGUGCUGCCGGUAGCUUCGCUAGUUGGCUCACGUGUGAAGAUGACUGGCUGGUUAUAGGUGUAUUUCUUGUUGGUGGCUUCGAUAACAUUAAUGACCGCGACAGGAGACCGAGGGCUGGCGACAUUGGCGAAGGGCACAUCUGCAUCGGUCCACAGGCACAACAGAGUAGUGGCACAAGCUGACAUGCCCUUUCUGCACAUUCAUCUACCACUGAGGUUCAGAAUGAAUGGCGGUUUGCGUCUGGCCUCUUUCUCCUCGGCCCGCAGCCCCUCCUCCCUCUUCUCCCGUGCCGCCCUCCGUCGGUCCUCCCCAGCUGCGUCAGCCGCCGGCGGCAGGCGGGCUUCAUCGGCCGCCCACCGACGCUCCUUGACCUCACGCGCGGCUCGCAGGGCACUCUCACGCUCAUCGUGGGCCCUGGUGACGGCCCCAUGCACCAAUGACGCAAGGUCGCCACUCGACAGGAACUGCUGGCUGAUGAGCUCGCCCAGAGGGACCCGUGCUGAGGAACAGACACAUGGAGCAGCCUCGUCUACGCGACGGUUGCCAAUGCCUUCACGUACAUCGCAGAGUGAGGUCCGACAGUGUGAGGUCCUUCAAGGCCAAUUGAAGGAAGGGCUCAGUGGUGUUUGCUGCGGUGGCAGGCAGCUUCAGGCGGCUGAAGGGACACAGUCAGCUACAUACACACUGGCACACAAACGGGCUCACGUGGCCUACUUGAGAGUGCGUCGAUUGGGGUUGGUCUUAAGGCCAGCGGUCGCGGCGGCCAUGACUGUAUCCUCAACUACGGGCAGCGACAGCUCGCCAACCGAGCAGAAAGACAGAUGGAUGUCCCUGCACACAAUGGUUCCGAAGACGCGCUCCAGCACUCUCUGCGGACAAGAGAGAUGCCAACAAGGGAGGGUGUCAGCAAGGCUGUCUCAGUGUGGUUAGUGCCUUCCAGACCUGCAGUUCGUCGUAUCGAUAGGUUUCGCCCUCAGACUUGGUCAGGACCAUCUGGAGCAGACUCAGAGACUCGAAAGACCUACCACAGAGGCCCUGCAGGCGAUACGACACAUACAAGUACAGCCCAGUCUGUCACAUGGAUUCGUCGGUCGACCUCGAGCAAGUUUAGAUAGGAAUUGAACGACAUAGGACAUGAAUAAACUACUAUUCGCCUGCACACACGCAUCACACGGCCUGAGUGAAUGCUCUGUUUUCUCGUUUCCUGUUGUGCCCUCAUACCUGAGUGUCGUGAAGGCUUGUUUUUUCUUGUCGUCCCCCGUGUCGGCCAUCUGCCUCGCCUCUGUCGUCUCCUGUGUGUCCUCCGCUGAGUCUGCCGGCACGGCGGCCGACGAUGUGCUGUGGGUACGGGUGACGUCACGCGAUGAUGACGGCGGCGGGGAGGCACUCCCGCUGCUGCUGUCGCCCUUGCCGUCUCCUUCUGGCCGGGCCUUGAGCAGAGAACUCAACCGGUCGGCGAAGGCAGGGCUCAUAUUGACAUAAUGCAUGUAUAGCUCAAGAACAGAGGGCAGGCGGCCGAUGGCGUCGGCAAGUUGUGCGCACUCGUCAUCAGGCAGACGAGUCAAAUCCACAACUGAGCGGCACACAUACCUUGACAUUUACCGGCAACGUGCGCGUUCAAUUCCGACCGCCUUACACAUCAGCUGGAGCGUCAUGAGUCUGUCGGCCCUCUGGAGGAAGCCAAUGAGGUCGCUGAUGUCAUCGGCGGUCGGUGAGCACUCCCAGCGGAUCGACAACUCCAACAUCAUGUCGGGUGAAUACCUGAUGGCAAGAAUGAAGCCGCGAACAUGAUCGAACUGCUGUCCACCAUCUCUUUCUAUCCACAUACCUUGCCAGUGCCGCCACCAGCCCAUUUCGUCUGCUCACUAAGAUCGAUGCAAAUGGCGCCAGCACCUCGCGAUUGGCAUAUGAUGAGAUGCGGUCCGUCGAACGGACAGGACACAACCUAAUACCAGCCAGCACACAGUGGCCAUCGACUGCAGGUGCGUCUGUCUGUGUGUAAAUGACUGUUUACGCGUCUAGCAGACUCCGACAUGAGAGGUCCAGCAUAGCGACUUGUGCGGCAGUGAAAUGGAACGGCCCAACAAGCUGGUAGAUGGUGCGGAGGACUCUCUUGUCCGACAGACAACACACCAGCCGAUUCUGCUGGACACACAGAACAUGUGAGGGGUCGGUCACACAUGGUCGCCCUCUCUGUCCCCACCUGCUUGUUCUCCCGUCGUGCAGCCUCUCUCGCCGAGUCGUGCUGCGAUGAGACCCAUUGAUCGAUCGCCAGCUGCACAGAUCACAUGGACACAGUGGCGAGCAGUGGUCGAUGGGUUUAGGUACGGCAGACCUUGCGGCGGCGAAUCUUGGCGAAGAAAUCCAAAAUCUGCAGCCGUGAGAGUACAGAUGUGCACAAUUGUAAGCUUGCACGUUGUUGACACUGAGCCGCAAUUCACUCACGUCCUGCAAGAGGCUGUCUUGUGACGUCGCUGUGAGGGGCACGGACAGGGCAGAGAGGUCCACUCCUCUCUGAAAGUGAAGGGCGUCACACACAGCAACAGACACACACAGGUGACCGCCGAUUCGGCCAUCCUUUGCCCUCACUGACCUGUAGAACACGUUCGACGAUCGGGUUGUCUUUGGCCUUCCCACUCAUCAGCUGCCGAUCACAGAAGCUGCACACAUGAAGACAAUUCGCUCGAGGCACUCAAGCCAUGACGGAAAGACGCACCUGGAGAGGCUUUCCAGGACGCCAAUUGCCAUGCCGAUGGGGCCCCCGCAGAUGAUGGAUGCGACGUAUGCAGCGUCACUCGUCGCAACCGUCGACAGCAGAGAGCACAUGACCUCGGACAGGCCCUCGCACGAAGCAUACUGAAGUUAAGUGAAAACAGGAGUGCCGAGUGCUCAUACUUGCGCGUCGCAUCCACUCUGACUGACCGAGUUACGAGCAAGUAUGAGAUUGAGCAGAUGAACCGAAGCCGCCACGACAGCUCGUCCAUGGAGGCCAGCCUUGAUCAGUCUGUCGCUCUGCAGGAUGCUCAUGGCUGCCGAGAGGAAGCCCGCCUGCGCAACACGCUCGCAGUAGCCACAUUCUGAGGAAAGACGUACGCACACGAGACAUCAAUAAGCGGCAUGGACCAUGCCCCAUCACUCACCAGCCAUUGCCACUGGCACCUUCAGAUAGACCCAGACGAUGAAAGCCGGCCACUGAGCGGUGGCGAAAGAAAGCACUGCGGCCAUCUUGCCCAGAGCAGCGGGGCUCGCUGACACACUACGGCAUACGGCGGCAGCACAACUGCAUCCACACACACCCACACGUACUCAUGCAGCGGCGUGACGAAUCAACGAGCCCUCUUGGCAUCAAGGUGAUCCGCACCUAGCUCAGAGGGGAAGCCGCGGCGGGCGUGUGAGAACAUGAUGCCUAUCAGCUCGUAAGCCUCCCAAACAAUCGCCAGAUCACAGCUGGUGACCAGGGUCUCGACGAGGAAAUCGACGUGGCAGAAUAUGUGCUGCUGAAAUGCCUCCAGCGCCUCAGUCGUCACUGAACGAUGGACCAAAGGCACACAGAUAUGUGGAGAUAUGACAGCCACCUUUGCCGAUGCACCACAUGAUCACCUGGAAUUCUAUCGCUGAGCAAGACGGAGGCAGCUGCCAUGAAUUCUCGGUCCGAUAGUGUCAGCCUCCCCAACACUGUGUCCACCAAGACACCAAACAGCGGCAGCCACUCCACACCAAACGGAUAACCAGCCUGACAAAGCCGCCAGAGGAAGCGCGUCGCCGCAGUCUGUUGCUCUAUGUCGCUGCUGCUGUCAUUGAAAAUGGAAACAAUGCACCCGGCGAGGCCUCCCUGACCCACCUGUCGAUGCGCCUUGUCCUUCUCGGCCAAUGACCGUACGAGGCCCCCGACAACUGGGCCAUCAUCCGGCAAGAGCGGCGUCUCAUUGAGCUCUUCCAGUUGCUCAACGAAGGGGCCGAUGUCACCAGCCAGCAGAGCAUCAGCAGCGAGGGACAUGAUGGCAACAGCAUCAGAGCCCGACGUCUGGCCCUGCCGCUGGUCGGGUGUGAUGGGGGAGGGGGUGCAGGGAGGGAAUGGGCGAGAGGGACCCGCUGGUUGCUGAUCCCCUGAUGCCGCUGCUGCGGCGACUGGCGAUGGGUCGAUGGAGCGAGUGGUGUGUUGGGCGGCCUGCUGCUGGGCGCAUGCGAAGAUGUCGAAAGCAGUGGAGGGCUGACGGCUGCCGUCCUGACAAUCACACCCACAAAUCACACACAUUCACACACCUCCCUUGUUUGUGUGUGUCUGUCUGUCUGUCUGUCUGUCUGUGCAUGUGUGCGUGUCCGUACUGCUGAGGCGUCCACAGUGAUGUCAUCCUCUCCGGACCCACCGCCGUGCCCCACCCCUCCCAUCAGCCCCGAGCCCCCUUCCUGCAUGGGGACGCCGCCCACAACUGGUGAGGGGAUGGGGAUGAGCAUGGACUGAUCCCGCUGGACGGAUGGCUGCGGUUGCUGCUGACUCUGGUGUGCGUCAUGGCGUCAGUUGGCAUCGGCGGACGCUGGAUUGCGAUGGGCGGUGCGGACGCGAGCUGCCGAGAGGUAGCUUUGUUGCUGUCAGUCGCAGGUGUGCGCUCUGCGUGGGGAGAUGCUGCUAGCGUGGCAGACGACGUGCGGUCACCAGGGCCGCUCCCGUUCGACUCAUCGCCGGACCACUGAGGGGAGCCGCGAGGUCCUCCCGGUGUCGGCAAUAUCUCUUCGCCACUAUAUCUAUCUCAAC